CAUGUGAUCAUUCUCUGGUUUUUAGAGCGUCUCUCAGUCAGACUGGAUCAGUUUGUCAAGAGAACAGAAGAACAUGGCUUCAUCCUUUCUCCUCGUCCUCUUCAUCAGCCUCCACACAGCAGAUGGAUUCAUGGAAUAUGCGGUGAACAGUUGUGAGUUUAACUCCAGUGAGCUGAAGGACAUCGAGUUCAUCAGGUCUUAUUAUUACAACAGAGACGAGUACGCCAGGUUCAGCAGCAAUGUGGGGAAGUUUGUUGGAUACAAUGAGUGGGGAAUGAAGAACGCAGAGUACUGGAACAAUAAUCCUUCAGAAAUGGCUCUGGUGAUCAAUGAGAAGGAGAGGUACUGUGGACACAACGUCGGGAUCUGGUCCAGCAACAUUCUGACUAAAUCAGCUGAGCCGUACGUCAGACUGAGAUCCGUGACUCCCUCCGGUGGAUCCCAUCCCUCCAUGCUGGUCUGCAGCGUCUACGACUUCUUCCCCAAACUGAUCCGGGUCCGCUGGAUCAGAGACGGACAGGAAGUCACCUCUGAUGUCACUUCCACUGACGAGCUGGCAGACGGAGACUGGUACUACCAGGUCCACUCCCACCUGGAGUACACGCCCAGGUCUGGAGAGAAGAUCUCCUGUGUGGUGGAGCACGCCAGUCUGAAAGAACCUCUGGUCACUGACUGGGACCCGUCCAUGCCUGAGUCUGACAGGAACAAGUUUGCCAUCGGAGCCUCAGGACUGAUCCUGGGUCUGGUCUUAUCUCUGGCUGGAUUCAUCUACUACAAGAGGAAGUCCCGAGGAAGGAUUCUGGUCCCCAGUAGUUAAUCCUGGACUUGAUCCUGAUCCUGGUCCUGUAUCUGCCUCUUCAACCUGCUUCGUGUGUUUUUGGCUCAGUAGACCUGCUGGACCAGCUCAACACCUGAUCCUGUAAUGAUCUGGACUCUGAUACCAGCUGGUCUGAUCCUGAUCCAGGACUGCCUCUCCCAGUCCUGGACCAGGUUUAGUCUGGACCUGGACUCUUCUUGUGAUUUGACGCCACUAACCCUGCGCUCUGCUUUAACAACAUUAAUCAUUUAUUUGACAUAUUUUGUCUUUCAGUUUGUUAGAUUUGUAUAUUUCUACUGGAGUGAAAUAUUUUAUCGAUAAUAAACCAGAAAACGUUCUGAG